GUGGCAGUACUUGCUGUCAUUCAUGCUAUCAACUUUCUUUCUUUUGAAAUCGCCAUCACGGUAGUGUCGCUUUGAUCACAAGCUCUAUAAAAAAAAAUCAACAAAAAUGGAAAACGACUCUGGAGAAUUCGUUGACUUGUACUGCCCACGAAAAUGCUCGGCCAGCAACCGUAUCAUCCACGCCAAGGACCAUGCUUCAGUUCAACUUAAUGUUGCUGAAGUUGAUCCAAACACUGGCAUCAUGACAGGCACAUCAAAAGUUUAUGCCAUCUGCGGUGCCAUCCGUGGUAUGGGCGAAUCAGACGACUGCAUUGCCCGUUUGGCCAAACGCGAUGGUCUUCUUUCCAAGAACUAUUAAAUUAAUUUUUAUUCAUGCAAACAUUCACUUCUAAGUAAAAAUGAUUGGAAAAAUAAAAAUUAAUUGAAAAAAAAAACAAAGAAAUUUUGAAAUUUGAAAA